UGCACCUGUCCGCACAGUCAUACAUCAGAACAGUGUGUUCCACACUCACCGGCAGCUUAUGAAAGCUUCACCGGUUUAACCUCAAUCGGUUUCGGAGGAAUCGCAGGAGAAAGCACUAUUAUUUCAGUAGAUGAUUAUCUUGAAGUCGAAAUAUGAUACUUGCAACCAGCGCUCAGCGGGGAUUUGGUCAUUAAAAAAAAACAACUAAACUAAGGAUGACAGCGCGCGUUUGUUUAUUUCUGUGUUAAUCGUGUUAAUUCAAGAUAGUCGGUAUAAUUUUACACUCAUAUAGGAAAGGUCACGCUAUUUUAUUGAUGGCCGUGUCAGGAGGCGCCCGGCGGAUCCCGAUGGGUGUUCGGACAUUCAGUGAGUUUCUGGAAAUAGCGACUGUUGGUCCGUGUCGCUCCAGCAGCCCGUUUAGAUGCAGAGAGAGAAUACAGCACUGGUCCAUCAGACACCUGUCCUCCUGCGGGAUCCUGAUGACUCGCUACCCUCGCACACUCUGUCUCUCUGAAGUGGAUUUGACUCCUACUCCUCACAGGAGAUCUUUCAUCAGCCUCACUAAAAAGAGAAAAGAGUAUUCAGAGAGGAGAAUACUAGGGUUCUCGAUGCAAGAAAUGUAUGACGUGGUAGCCAAUGUGGAUGAGUACAAACACUUUGUACCAUGGUGUAAAAAGUCCCAAACCAUCAUGAAAAGGGCCGGUCACGCCAAAGCCCAGCUGGAAGUGGGCUUCCCUCCGGUCGUUGAACGAUACACUUCCAUGAUUAGCCACGUCCGUCCACAUCUCGUCAAAGCGGUGUGUUCGGAUGGUAAACUCUUCAAUCACUUAGAGACAAUAUGGCGGUUUAGUCCUGGUAUCCCUGGCUAUCCUCGCACGUGUACUGUAGACUUCUCUAUCUCGUUCGAGUUCCGUUCACUGCUGCAUUCUCAGUUAGCGACGGUGUUUUUCGACGAGGUGGUGAAGCAGAUGGUGGCCGCGUUUGAGCGGAGAGCGUGUAAACUGUACGGGCCCGAGACGAGGAUACCCCGUGAGCUCAUGUUUCACGAGAUCCAUCAAACGUGAGGUGGAUCACCACACUGGACUCAUC